ACGGGGUAUGACGUCAGACUCCGCCUCUUCUUCGGUCGGUGCUGCGUGGAGAGGCGCUUUGAAUCCCGGGGAGACAUUUAGCGGGCUGCAGGACAUCGGGUUACUAGCUGCCCUGUGCGUACAGUUGAUCUUUACUUAGUUGUUGGAAUCAUGAGCAAGGCGCACCCCCCAGAGUUGAAAAAGUUCAUGGACAAGAAGCUGUCUUUGAAGCUGAACGGCGGGCGUCAGGUCCAGGGGAUCCUGCGUGGGUUUGACCCCUUCAUGAACCUUGUGAUGGAUGAGUGUUUGGAGAUGGCUGCAGGAGGUCAGCAGAACACUAUCGGCAUGGUGGUAAUCAGAGGAAACAGCAUCAUCAUGUUGGAAGCUCUGGAGCGGGUAUGAGGAGGUGUGGCCAUAUGUGAAGGCCCCACCCAUCAGGAGGAGGGGUCUACAGAGAAGGGGAGGAGCAUCACUUUUACAACUAGCAGACUCUGAUUCCAAGGGCAGUCUAGUCCCUUAUUGGCUGUUAAGGAUAGCAAAACAAAUGUGUGAAUUCAAGUAGUGUUCAGGAGUCCUUUUCAGAUGUAGUAUGUAAUGGUGUAGGGGUUUGAAAACCUGUGGAACAAGCAGGCGGAUGAUGUUAGAAGAACUGAGGACUCCAAUCCAACAUAAGAUGUGGGGUCCAGUGGAGAGUAAGGGGUCCAGUAUACAGUAGAAUAUAUAGUGGUCAGAAUGCAUUGUGUCUGACCGCCAAGCAAGUUAGUCUAAAAUACCCUAAUGGAAUGAAGACUCGUGUCUCCGUUAGCGACAGUGGGGUGUGAAUGCUCUGCUAGUCCACUGUAUCCACUGUAUCUCUUCAUCUGUGAAUCUUUGGGGGAGGGGAGGGGCUAGUUGUCUAAAGUGAUGCAAAUGUUUUUGUUUUGUUGCUUUAUCAGUUCCAUAGCUUGAUUUUUGAGCUGGAGAUAUUGUUUGUUUUCAUAAUAAAAAUGUUGUUUUUUUAUGAAA